AAAUUUUCUAGAAUAAGAAAUGGAGAAAGAUCCAGCAGCUGUAGCAGGUGGAGGGGUUGUAGUUGAGCUUGACCAUGCUAUUGGAUAUUCAGGAAAAAUCGUUAAUUCUGUCCAUCUUCAUCCUAAUGCGAAUGACUAUGUCCUUAUAGCAGGAGCAAGCAUCAUUGUUGGGGACAUUAACGAUCCUCAUAAUCAACAUUUUCUUAGAGGUCAUGAUGAUCAAAUCACAUGUUUAGACCUUUCUUGUAAUGGAAAAAUGAUUGCAUCAGGGCAGAAAGGAGAUAACUCAGACAUUCUUAUCUGGGACUAUGAAAGUAAGAAAGCAGUUUUUAGAUUAUCAGAACAUGACAACCAGGUUGAUUGCUUACAUUUCUCUCAUGAUGACAUGCUUCUCAUCUCUUCUGGAGAUCAGUUAGAUGGGAAGUUGUUUAUUUGGGAUACUUCAAAUGGAUAUAUUGUAACUUCAAUGCAGCUUCUUCCCACAGUUAUCUCUGAAGCUCCCAACUGUAUUAGUUUUGGAGGAUUUGUAAAAGAUAUUAAGCUUAGAGAAACUUCAAGUUAUCAAUUUGCUACUUCUGGAAGUAAGAAAUUGAUGCUGUGGUCUCUUGAGCCAAGUACCGGAAACUUAGAAUACGAGCUAGUCUCAACAGGAACAUUCAUUAGAGAUUACAUCUGAUUCGCAUUUGGAAAGCCUAAAGAAGAGUAUCUCUUUGCAGGAACAAAGAGCGGAGACUUUGUGUCAUUCCAGAUCAAACAUAAACUUCUUGUAUUUGUCCAAAAUGUUUGUGCUCAAGGAGUCACAUGUAUUUCAGUAGUUACAGAAGACAAAGUGUGCUGUGGUGGAGGAGAUGGUACCUUAGCUCUCUAUCAUGUUGAUGGAAAGUUCUGUCAAGAACUUCUCAAAACAACUCUAGCAGGAGGUAUCAACGGCUUAUCAUCCUCUGAAGAUGGAAUCCAAUUACUUGUCUCUACUGAUAGGGGGUUCAUUUAUAGAGUCAGAGUGUCAGACUUCUCUUGAAUGCUCUUAGGAGAAAACCAUAUCUCUGAUGUUUUGCAAGUAUCUUUCAUGGAUGGCAUUUCUGAUAAGUUUGCAACAUGCUCAGAAGACACAACUAUUCGUCUUUGGGAUUCUAAUGACUAUUCAGUCUAUGCUAGAUGUGCUGUUUUGGCUGGAGGCCACCCAACUUGUUGCAGUUUUACUGAAGAAGUAGUGAUUUCAGGGUGGUCAGAUGGCAAAAUCAGGUCGUUCCGAACUGACAACUGUGAAUUAUUAUGGGCGAUCGAUAAUGCACAUAAGAACGGUGUUACAACUUUGUGUAUCAGCCAUAAUUUUAAAUUCCUUGCAACUGGUGGAUAUUCCGGAGAUGUAAGAGUUUGGGAGAUAAGAUCAAGAGAACUGAUCUCUCAUCUCAAAGAGCAUACCAGCACUGUUACAAAAGUAGAGGUUCUAGAAGAUGAUAUUCAUCUUUUGUCCUGUGCUAGAGAUAAAGCAAUUUUAUGCUGGGACCUCAAGAAUGAAAAGAGACUUUCUAACCAUACUCAAAGAAUGGGAGGAAUUAACGGUUUCUCGUUCAAUCCAGAGAACCAAAACAAGGUGCUCUCAGUUGGUCAAGAAAGAAAGGUAACUUAUUGGGAUCUCUCGAAGAGCGAAGCAGAAGGAGUAGUAGAUACUUCCUCAAAUCCUAGCGAGAGUGAUGAACAAUUUUCUAUUGAUAUCUCAAAGGAUGGAAGAUACUUCGUUACUGGAGGAUCUCUUGGAAUUUUAAGAAUCUGGGAUUACACGGAAGGAAAAAUUGUGAGUGAGCAAGCUGGCCAUUCUAAUACAAUCACCUCUGUAAGCUUCACUCCAGAUGGUAAACAAGUUAUCUCAACUGGAAGAGAUGGACUUGUUCUUGUGUGGAACGUAUUCACUUAAAAGG